AUGGAUUAAUUUGCUAUUGGACUAUUCCCUCUUGUAUAUGCUGGUUAUGCUUAAAUGAAAAUCAAGGGUUACAAAUAAGUGAGGAAUAAACCAGAAACCAUUGCUUUAAAAGUUAAGAUUGGAUUUCAACUUUAAAUUGCAAUUGUGCAACUAAUUGAAUUCAUUGUAGCACUUUUCCAUCAGGAUCUACUCUCUGCUUUAUGUAGUCUCUUCUUAAUAAUUGGAUUAUUUUACUCAUUCGGAAUCACAGUUAUCUUUCAUCGUGAAUCACUCUUAACCUUUCUGCCUUUCAUUUGUCUAUUCAAUUUAAUCUGCAAUGAACCCAUACUCAAAUUAUUCGAUCUCCUUAGUUUAGUGCUGUCAUCCCUUCUGGUGAUUUAUCAAAGACAAAGAGGCGAUGAUCCGUUGGAAUAUAACCCUUUUUGUGAAUUCUUCGAAUAAUAAGAUAGUUUCAUUGUGUAAUACUUGAUCUUGUUCAGAUUCCAACCAAAUGCUUAUUCAGAAGAAAUCGAAUUGCACGAAUUGAAUGAAUCCACUCUUCAAGAUCAACUACUAGUUACUCACCAAACUCAUCAAUAAUAGCAUCAUCCAGCAUCUUAAGUGGCUUAAUUCCUAAUUAAUUAAACCAGACAAUCUACCAAAUCAGAUGCCAAACAUCUUCAACCAAUGGAUAUCAAAUUUUCAAAGGACGAUGAUGAAAUUUGGGAUAAAAAAAUUGAAGUUGUUGAAUCACCCAAAUAACUUAACAAAAGGAAGGUUAGAUCAUCCUAAAUCAUAAUGGAGGAGAAUUCCCAAUCAGAAGAUGUCUCACAUCCAUCUUUUAAAGAGGAAGUACCUAAAACCAACUUGCAUCGUCGAAGUCAAGUCUCAGAGAAGAGAUCCCUCUCCUAAAGAGAAAUUAAAUAGGAUCUUGAUUAUGAACAAAGACAAGUUAUUGUCUCUGAUGAUGAAAAUGAUAAAAUUAAUAAGGAAGAAACCAAAUAUUAUGAUUACCAAUCCUCAAAUUGUAAUUAACCUAAAAUUCGAGCAUAAUAGCAAUAAGUCAUUGAAAUUGUUGGCAUCGAUAAAUUAGGAGCGGACAGUCCAUUAAAGGAACAAUCUACUCCUCAAAAUUUUGCUUAUGUUGAAGAUAAUCAAUAUCCUGAAAAACUGAUUGUGAUUCCUUAAUAAAUUCAAUAAGAAUUGAAUAAGAAAAAGUAGCAGAAAAAGAAGAAAUAAAAAGAUGAAGGUCUUAUUGCCAAAAGAAAUAGGAUGAUUAAGAGAAUCAAAAGUUUUGAAGAAUUUUAAGAUAAAAACGAUGAUAAUAGAUCCUAAAAUAGUGACUAAUUUGAUGAUAAGAAAAGUGAUUACGAAAGAUACAAGGAUGAACUAAGUUCUGCCACUUUAUCCGAAGAUGAAAGUGAGAGUGGAGUCUAUAUUUAAUAGAAGAUGGAAAAAGUACAAUUCACAGUUGGAAGAUAAGUUGUGAAAAAACUAAUUAAUUACUAGCAUAAAACUCUGAUUCCAAUUACCAUUAAGGUUAAGAAUGAUCAAUGGGUCGAAAAUUGUCAAUAUUAAGACUUAUACCAAAUAGCGAAUGGACAUUUACCUAAACCAACUUAUGGAGAUGCUGAAAUUGAAAAGAAAUUCUUUUAUAUUCAACAAUGGUUGGAUGGUAUGAGUCAGAACCCCAUCCUUAUGAGAAAAGAGAUAUUAGAGUUUUUCAAUGUUCCUGAAUCAAUCAUUAAUAAAUAUGGACUGGUUAAAAAGAUCGAAGAAGAAACGAGAGUCUAAAGAAACAGCAAUAAGUUUAUGAAUACUGCUUAGAAAGAGUAUUUCCUACAGAUAAAAUAAAUUAAGGUAGAGUGCUUAAGUUCUGAAACAUCAGAUGCUUUUGCAGGAAUAAUUUACUUUAGUUUAAGAUUUACAAUCCAGACAGAGAAAAGAUCCUUUGUCUCGGAAUGCAAAAGAACAAUUGAUGAAAUAAAGGAGGCUACUAAAAUUAUAUAAUAGGAAAGAAAUCUAAGGGUUUCUCUGCAGGAUCAUGAAACAGUGAAGAAACAAAUGAAAGCUAUUGAUUAAUUUUUGUCAGAACUUUUUGGCCACCAAUUCUAUUAUUGCGAUAAGUUAUUUGAAUAAUUUGGAUUAUUGUCGCAAAUUAAAUGA